AGAGAGAGAGGGUGGGAGUGAUUGCAAUGGCACAGGAGGGAGAAAUAGUCAUGUUUUGUCUUCCAGUGAGAAGAAUGAGUGAGGAGGAAGACAGGAAAAGCAAGGAGAGGGGAUGUGAGGACCGACGCUUGGACUUUCCCUCUCAGUCCCGGCCUGCUUUGCCUCCGACGACGGACACAUUGUCGCAAGAUGCUUUUCCCACCUUGUGGUCAUAGCGAGGCACUCUUGUCAUACAGUUGAAGACACGCUGGAGAAGAAGGAGGAGCAGAUUCAGCCCAGAAAGUGAGCUGAGAGGCUCCAUUGUUCGGACUUCUCGAGUGAACGCGUUGAACUUGACCUUUUGGCUCCUCACAUUUUACUGGCCGCGAGCACUUUGCCUGUGGAUGCUUCUUCUUCUUCGUCAAUCCGGCGCAGCGUCCCAUUCAUCAGGCCUCACUCCUGGCACCUUGCGAAGCUGUCCCAGCUUCCCCUACCUCCCCCGCCACCCCCUCCCCCGUCUCCGCCGCCCAGCGUCCCUCCACUCACCGACUCCCCCCCACUCCCACCACCUCCCCCUCCUCCACCUGCCAUGCAGCUCCAUCCUGGCGCUUAUACACUAGCCUGGAACACAAGUGACCACAGUGACUUGCCCAUGCAGUGGGGUCAGCUGUCCAGGCCGUACUCAUCCACCGAUCGAAGCAGUUCCCUGGGCUCCAUGGAGAGCUUGGAUACGCCCACACCUGUCACACAGCCUUACUCUGACUCCCUCAGUUCCCCUGUUGACCCGGCACUCUUCAACAACAAGAGAGACUCUGCCUACAGCUCCUUCUCCGCUAGCUCCAACACCUCAGACUACGCCACAGUGCUGCUCCGACCUGGUGACAUGUGCUCUAUGGACAACUUCCUCCAAAGCCUGGGGCCGUCUUCUCCAGGCUUUGCCAGUGGGGAUGCCGCAACGCCAGUAAGUUCAUCCAGCGAGGCCGCAGAUGACGCACGGCUGAUUGGACUGAAGUCCAUGUCACUGACCAGGCCGAGGAUCAGGCCUGUAGAGGUGAAAGAGAGGCCUUCCUCUUGUUCUUAUGAGGAGGAGAGGAGAGGAGGAGGCUGUGAUAUAAGUGGUGAAAGUGGAAUAGAAGGAAAGAUGACUCCCACUCAGCCUCCACACAGAAAAGACAGUUUUAAAACAACCAGGAGUUGCUCUAAUGUUUCAAACAAACGCUGUGCUUCAGCUCCUAUUGAAAUGUGCAGUGUUCCUUGUUUCUAUAAUGACAAUACAUCUUCUCCAAAUGGUGAACCGGGAACUCAUAAUGGUUUCCUUCAAGUUGAAGAAGUCAAUACUGGACAUUUAGGAUCCUGCUAUAGCCAAAACGAACAACUUGGAUGUAGUAUGAAUGCUCAGAAGGACUACAGUGACAAAACAACUACAGAUCACCUCUCGGACCUAGGUGGGUUAUCUGUGGUUGCUUCAGACCCGUCAGUGGAUACUCAGGGGCACACUCAUGUCAUACACUCUCAGACCAAGCAUCCUUUUGCAGGCCUACACCAGCAAAAUGACCCUAAGAAUGCCCCACCACUUCAGUUUUUGCAGUAUAACAGCGACAACUCCUCACUAGAACCUUCUAGUCAGUCAUAUCCCUCAUGUAGGACCAAGUUGUCCCCUUUACCACCAGCCCUGAUGGAGAGCCAAGAACGCUCAAACAAUCUUUCUCCUGAGCCAACAAACAAAUGGGAUGGAAGCCGCUGCUCAACCCCUGGAUCCGUUUUCUUGGAGGUGGACGUGGAGGAAGGAAUGGGAAUACAAGGCAAGUCCCUCCCUCUGAAUCAGCAUCACCAUCCUUGGAGCCGCUCUGUGAGUGUACCUGAGGAACCAACAGGGACAUCAUUGCAGGGUAUCCUGGGUUCUGACCAAAUACUUGGAAGAGAUUUUCAGCCUCUUAGUGCUGCUGUCAGCGUUGAUACUUUAAUGGAGGAGCAAAGGGCAGAGGAGAGCAGGAGAAGUGGAGAAAAAUCUGAGGACAAUGCCGAGGCCACCAUGAAAAAGUCAUCUAGGAACCAUCGUCGAAACCGCCGCCGCAGUGAACGCUUUGCGACCAACCUUCGAAAUGAAAUCCAGAGGAAGAAGGCUCAACUGCAGAGUAGCCUUGGCCCUGGAGGGUUACUCUCUAGUGGUGAAACUGUCCAGGAAGAGGAGGGUGCAGACCUCCACUGGGAGCCUGAAGAAGCGGACAUUGUAGUCAAAGAAAGAAGAACCAAAGUUGUGUUUGCCCCAACUGUUAGUACAGCAGAGACAGCACGAGAUGAGAAAUCAAACACUCCAGGUCAAAUAAACCAUGAUGAUCUGCCUCUUCAACCUCCAUCCACAACUACAGCCAUUCAGAUUGUGGACCCAGGAGUGCCUAAUUUUGGUGUUGGCAUCCGAGUUGUGGAGGAGCCAGCUCCUGCAGGCAAAGCUCGCCGCUGGCGUUGGACUCCUGAGCAUAAGCUCCAGCCAGAACCAGAACCAAGCAAACUGUAUGGGGUUGUUGGAGAGAGCAUGUUAGGGGUCACCCAGUCAAGGCAUGGGGUCUGUGCCUUUACAUCCUCUUCCACGCCCUCUGGUGGUCGCUCCUCUUCCUGUUCUCGGAUGGAGGAGUCUGACAUCCUUCCAUUUGCAGACAGAAGGAAGUUUUUUGAGGAGACGAGCAAGUCCAUUGCAGGAUCAAUGGUGUCUAGUGUGUUGAGUCACACACAGAGAAAGUCCCAGGAGGUAGAGCAUGUUCAGUACAGACACCAAAGGAGAUAUUCCUACCAAGGGGGGCUACAGCAAGAAAAAAACCUGCUUCCAAAACCAAUGGAAGCCAGGAGGCCAUCAGUGUGUACUAGCCGAGAGAGACAGCAGGAGAAGCAGAGGGACCAAAUGAAGGAAUGGGAGGAAAGAGCCAGAGAACAAGUGAGGGAUGAAAUGUUGCGAGAAAUUGAGAUGCAGCAGGAGAAGGAAAGGCAGGAGAGGGAACAAGAGAUGGAAAGAGAGAGGCUCAGAGAGAAGGAGCGAGAGGAGAGGGUGAGACAGUGGGAAACGGAACGUGAAAUGGAGCUUGAGUUGGAGAAGGCGAAGGAGAAGGAGCAACUUCAAAUAGAAAGCGAGGAAGAGCUAGAGCGACAACAGAAAGACUUUUUCAUCAGUUCAUGCGCCAGAGAAACAAAUCAGGACUUUCAUGACCAGAACCUGCAUCCCAAGUCUUGCAGUACAAGUCUCAUCCCAAGAUCUGCAUUCUACCCAGUUAACCAACCUUCACAGCCAUCUUUGGACCCGAGGAGCUACAACCCGACAGAAGCGCAGUAUCCUGCCCGGCAACAGGAAACAAGCAAGCUAAGCAGGAAGUACAGCUUGACAGAAAGGGACUAUACCAGCUGGAGACGAGAGCAAAACCGAGGGGCUCCCCACCAGGGAUCAUGCACCCCCAGACAGUUGGAAAAUGGCAGGAAUAGUUGCAAUGCAUACACAGCGGCUCCGCCGCCAGCGCCACUGUCUCUCAGGGGACGCGCCAUGUCCGAAAACGAUAUUUGCUUCACCAACAACCAACACUGGAUGCCUUCGCAUUCCUCUGCAGUCAGCCAGACACUGAGCGAAGUCAAAGAACAAACAGCCGCUGUCCAGGGGGACGUGCUACACAGCGCACAGUUAACCCAGAGGAAGAAAAACCCUCCUCCGAGACCGCCGCCCCCCAAGUGGGAGCAGUUCCACCGCAGGCGUGCAUCCCAACACAUGCUGUUCUGCUCUUCUUCUACUGCGCCUCCACAACAUACGUCCACUGAGCCCACAGAGCAUCUGAAUGCUGAACCGUGCCGACAGAGGUCAUACAGCCUGCCCCCGCAGAGACAGGAAGUGGCAGAGAACUGCCCGCGCUGUAGUUGCCACCAACCACGGCCCCCAGAACCCGCCUUUUCCCACAUCCCAUCCAGUUGGCAUCAGUUCCCGGAGCUCUCCUUUUCCAUUGCCCCUUUCAGUCCCAGGUUUUCCAGGCGGGCCUUCAGGCCUGUGGAGCCACCCACCAGGGAGCGGGAGGGGAACCUGGGUGGUGUGUACUUCCAACAGCACGGGAGGGUGAUGACGCCCCCACAAGCACCUGAAGGUCUGUGUCUCAACAGUCUAUCUGAGUCAGACACCAGUUGUAGUGAUCUUCACAAGCCGCCACCCAGCCAGAGACCUGGAGCUGUGUGGGACAGAACGCCCUCUCCCAGAAUUCAUAGCAACAAUGCACUUCCACCUGUCUUGGAAGAUGGAUGCCUUGGUGGUGUGUUAACUUCUGAGUCCUUCUCUGUACCGGAAUACAAGCAGCAGCAGAGUCUUGACCUGCCAAGGCCCCCAGAAACCGGAACCGAAUCGGAGACGACCCUAAGCCCGAGCCCCUCGCACAGCAUGGAGGCAGAACUGGAUGUCCCCUUGGAAACGGACAUUGAUGACUUCCAGGAGGAUGAGAGACCCCUUGCAGAGGAGGAGCUGAUAACCAGUGAGCUCCCUUGCUUUGCGCUGCCCGUCACCAUCUUGGAGACGGACAUCGACACCUUGCCGGACCCGCGGGCCGAGCCGGUGGGUGAGACCAGGAGGGAGGAGAGCGGCUCUGUGGAGGAAGAGCUGGAGAGCGGCAGGGAGGAACUGAGCCUGGAGGAGCUCUUCCUCCACAACAGCAAGGGGGAGACAGGCACGGAGAACUGGAGGGGCACCUUUCAGAGUGUGGAGCACAACACCGACAGCUUGGAUAGGCGGUCUGGCACAAGCUCGAGCUGCUCGUCCUAUUACAGCACGUCAGCAGCCAAGGCUCAGCUCCUGUCCCAGAUGAAGGACUUCAGUGAUAACAAGGAGCAUGACGAGGACGACGAGCUCAGCUACAAGAGACAGCUGAUGGAGAGCCUGCGCAAGAAGUUGGGGGUCCUGAGGGAAGCCCAGCGGGGACUUCAGGAAGACAUCCGUGCCAAUGCACAGCUGGGCGAGGAGGUGGAGAGCAUGGCGGUGGCUGCGUGCAAGCCCAACGAGGUGGACAAGUUCCGCAUGUUCAUCGGCGACCUGGACAAGGUGGUCAGCCUGCUGCUGUCGCUGUCGGCCCGACUACUGAGAGUGGAGACCACACUGGACACGCUGGACCCAGACACCGAAGAGGACGAGAGGCUCCCCCUGCUGGAAAAGAAGCGCCAGCUCAUGAGGCAGCUCUCAGAGGCCCAGGAUCUGAAGGACCACGUCGACCGCAGGGAGCAGGCUGUCAGCCGGGUUCUGGCACGCUGUCUCUCUCCAGACCAGCACCGAGACUAUAGCCACUUUGUGAAGAUGAAGGCUGGCCUGCUGGUGGAGCAGAGACAGUUGGAGGACAAGAUCCGUCUGGGAGAGGAGCAGCUGAGAGGGCUGAGGGAGAGUCUAGGGCUGGGCCUUGGUCUGGGAAUGGGAAUGUCCAUGGGAUAUGGACAGUACUGACUAAAUUCCUUUUUAAAGCACAAAUGUAAGUGGCUUCCAAAGGUGCAUGCAAGAGUAGACCCUGAGGUUCUUGCACCAACAUCUUAAAAACCCUCAGGUUGCCAUGCACAAACUCGACUAUUACAAAGAAUUUAAAAGGAGCAUGCUCAGAACUUCAAUUCAAGCAUCUCCACAACUUUAAGAACAUGUUUACUUGCCAUGAUGUGCCUGCAACAUGUACUGUAAGACACUUGUGUGGAUCUCACUACCAAAGAGGGUUUUUUUUUUUUUGGUGCUUCACAUUACGAAAUUUUCUUCAGUAUUAUUUUUGGUUUUGUUGCUGGCUGACACCCUGCAAUCCAUGAUCUGUAUUGUCUACAACAUCAUGUUUUGUUUGUAUUUUGCAGCUAUUUGAUGUGUGGAGUUUGAUACUCUGGUCACAUACAUGUACAGAAAACCCUUUUGUGUAUAGUGUAUACAUUGUGUAUAUAGUGUAUUUGAAUAGACUGGAAUGGCUUGUAUGGAAUGCUUAGAAAAAGUAAGUGUAUAUUUUGACCUUUUGUUAAUUCCAUUUCAACAGCAGACCAAUUUUUAACUGCAUGAAUUCACAAUUUACAGAAACAAGUUUGGCCAAGAAGGAAUUGAGCAAUUAAGCAAUCAAGGCAGGCAAGUUUGUGUCCUUUGUGUUUGUUAUCCAGCCUUCAUCAUCCAUUAAACUUUUACAAAGUGCCCACUGUCCUCCUCUGCCUCCACCUCUUGGUGAUUUGUGAUCUGGGCCAAAGUCCCCCUAAGCUUUAUGCACCAGCACUGACCCUUGGACCGGGGCAGUUUUAGUUUCAGUAAAUCAAGUUUGGGAGGUAUUUUAGUGGUGAAUUGUGGAACGAAUAUGCUCUUUAAGCAAGAUUUACACUCAAACUUGUUCAUUUUGGCCUUUUUAAAUGUUUUUCUGUGUAAUUGUCAUUCAUCACAAAGCUGUUUCUUUGUAAAGAGCAU